CGGAAGAACGGGGCGAUGAUGGUGGACAGCGAGGUGGCCUUCACAUUGGCCAAUGGCUCACUCUACUUCUCCCACUUCCAGAAACUCAGGGCUGACGGGUCUUCCGAUGAAGGGGAAUACGACUGCACAGCGCGGAACCGCUUUGGAUUGGUGGUGAGCCGGAAGGCUCGGAUUCAGGCAGCUACUAUGGCCGACUUCCACGUCCAUCCCCAGAGCAUAGUGGUGGAAGAAGGAGGUGUCGCCAGGUUCCAGUGUCAGAUCCGUGGCUUGCCAGAGCCCGUGAUCUUGUGGAAGAUGAAUCACCUCCCGAUCGAUACAGAUAAUGACAGAUACACUCUGCUCCCCAAAGGGGUCUUGCAGAUUACCGGACUGCGAGCCGAAGAUGCUGGGAUUUUUCACUGUGUUGCUACCAACAUUGCCAGCGUGAAGCUUAGCAGGGAAGCCAGGCUUACAGUGUCAGGGUCCCAUUCUGCGGUGUACAAGGAUCCCAUGAUCCUCGUCGGACCAGAGAACCUGACCCUAACAGUGCACCAAACUGCUGUCCUGGAAUGCAUGGCUACAGGAAACCCCAGGCCGAUCGUCUCCUGGAGCCGGCUCGAUGGCCGGCCGAUUGGAGUGGAGGGAAUUCAGGUCCUUGGGACGGGCAACCUGAUGAUUUCUGACCUCACGGUACAGCAUUCUGGGAUCUACGUGUGCGCAGCCAACAAGCCCGGCACAAGAGUGAGGAGGACAGCCCAGGGAAGGCUAGUGGUCCAAGCCCCCGCAGAAUUCGUACAGCACCCACAGUCUAUUUCCAGGCCCGUGGGGACCACCGCCAUCUUUACCUGCUUGGCCCAAGGGGAGCCUCCGCCGCAGAUAACGUGGCUGAAGAAUGGGCAGAUUUUGGAGCCGACGGAUCACAUUAAGUUGAAGAACAACAACAGCACGCUCACCAUCUACGGCAUCAGCCAGGGGGACGAGGCCAUCUACCAGUGCAUCGCUGAGAACAGCGCUGGCUCCACACAAGCCAGCGCCAGGCUCACAGUGCUUUGGGCCGACGGGCUGCCCGGCCCGCCUCAGAAGGUGAAAGCCACGACCAUCUCGGCAACCACCAUCCAAGUAUCGUGGAGCGAGCCGCUGCUGAACACCAAGGAGAUCAUCGGCUACGUCCUUCAUAUCAGGAGAGCAUCAGACCCCGUGGAGAUGGAGUACCAAGAGGCCGUCAGCAAAAAUACUUUCCAACAGCUUGUGACGGACCUUGAGCCCUCAACAAGCUACAGCUUCUAUAUCAAGGCGUAUACCUCUCGGGGAGCGAGCAAGGCCUCCGAAGUCAUGGUGGUGAGCACGCUGGGGGAAGUGCCAGCCGUCCCAUCUCUCUUCAUCAAAGUUCUCAACAGCACCACAGUCCAGGCCAUGUGGGAGCCUUCUAUCAAACUGGGCCAGCAUGAAGGAUUCAAGCUCUACUACCGCAGGGUUCAUCUGUCCCAUUUUACUGGCCCCAUCCAGCUGCCCAGUAACAUCACCUCUUACAAUAUCACUCAUCUGGACCCAUCAGUGGUGUAUGAAGUAAAGCUCCUUGCCUACAACCAGCACGGUGAUGGGAAUUCUACCAUCCGCUUUGUGUCAAUGCGAGAGUCGGUCGAAAGAACAGGUCUGAGCCCGCCGUGCGACUGCAUGAAAGACGAGCAAACCAAUAAAACCUCGGCAACGGGCAUCAUCAUUGGAAUCCACAUUGGAGUCACUUGCAUCAUCUUCUGCGUGCUCUUCCUUAUGUUUGGGUACAGGGGACGGCUGCUGAUGUGUAAAAAUGUCCAGGAGCAGCUGUCGACCCCCCAGAUCCCACGGAGCCAGAGAAAUGCUACUGGGAUAGCCUUGAACGGAUCUGCCCGGAGGGAUAGAGAGGAUCCGGACACCAACGGGAAGCAGCUGGAUAUGAAUGAACUGGAAAGGUUGUUUCCAGCACUGCCUUCCCCGCAGGACCGUCACGGCAAGGGGAUUGUGCUGGAUUGUCUUCCUCCUACCUCACAUGAUGAAACGCAGAUUUCCACGCUCCCACCAGAUGAAUUCAGCAUCAUAGAAGAGCAGAGCGACCCCGUGUCCCAGAACCUACCCGCUGGCUUCCACAGCCGACCUCUGAUCAACGUCAGUCAGGAAGAUCCAGCGUUGAAGCCUGCGCCGACCAAUGAAGGAUAA